UUACGUAGAUUGGAUUUUAAAAAGGGAUGCAGUAGCUAUUCAUAUUUCAUCCUUCAUAUACUUGGUUUUGGCUGGGGUUUCUUAUUGGAUUUAUUUUAAUCAAAUCUAUCAUCUUGAAAAGGAAUUUAAGUUGUUCUGCAUGGUUCAAGUAUGUUUUGAACCUUUAAUGCUGGAUGGUUUUCUACUUUACCUUGGACCAAGGAGGGUUCAAGUACGUUUUCGAAAAUACUUAGGAGAGCCAUGGACCUCAUGUGGAAGGAACUGAGUACCAAGAUGCUAUUUGUUCAUUCUUUAUAUACCAGGCAUUUCUUUUUCUUCAGCAUGAGUUGUCAUUGAGGAAGCAUUUUGCCUAACCUUGUGAGUUUUAUUUGCUUUAAUCCUUUGUGAGAUCAUCUCAAACCCAUGAGUUUGAGUUUAUAUUAGUCACUCUUAUAUAUCUUGCGGUGCUCAAUUUAUUGGUAGUAAGUCUCUAUUUUCGUCAGGAAGUAGGGUGUGUGGGGAGCUUUCAGGCACAAUGCUAGUGUUGUACUGAAAUUGUGUUAUUAGAAACCUUUCUGGUGGGAUGCCGCUUAUAUUCAGAAAUGCGUUACUUGUCCGUGUAGCAUCUGAAACCUGAUUAAGACAUCUGUUUCUUCUACAUGUCAGGAAAUAGAUUUUACAUAUCCUUUGAAAUUCUGUAGUUUGAGGGUCAGUGUAUUCUCCAUUAUAAGAUUUUAAUAAACUCUUUGUUCUGUCCAGUCAUGGAAAUCAGGGAUAUUAUUAUCUACCAGGCUUUAAAUGGGUCAGAGUUAUAUUAUCUUUCCUUAUUUUUUAGGCAUUGCCUUUAUCAUUAAAAGUCACUUGCUUCUACUUGUUUUCAUGGAAAUGGUUCCCGGAGAGAUGACUGAUCUUCGCAUCUUAUUUUUGAGAAAAGCAUAGCAGAGUUUGCCCGAUUGUGAUUAUUGUGUGUUUUAUGGGAUCUUUUCUGAUUUUGACGAGUUUUAAUUUAUUCUUGAUAUAACCUGCUUAGUGGUUAUUUCCGCUGACUUGUUUAGUGGUAAGAAAUUGAAGUCUAAAUUUUGUUUUUGUUCCUGAUAAAAAAAUAAUAAAAAAAUAAAAGUACAUUUUCCAGUCUACAGCAAUACCUCUUUGUGAUAGAAAUACGUAGUUAAGGGGAUUUUUACCGCCUUGUAUUUAUUGGAUAUACUUGUACAGAACCAGGUAAGUUUGUUUCACCGCGAUGGUCUUGCACAAACCGGCACAUACCCGACACCUCCACCCAGUGCUGCCGGCCACCUUCCUACGAUUCCCCUGGAAAUUUCCUUCCUGCCAUGAUUUCUUGCCUAUUCGUCUGUCUUCAAACUGCAGUCUCCGUCAACAAGCAGGCAUCAAAUCUAUAAUCAAUUCUAUAAUUAAUCCUGGCUCAAGGCUCAACCAGCAACCAACCAACCAAACAACCAACCACUGAGAGAUGAUGAUUCAGAUGAAUAAAGCAGUGGAGCCGGGGCAAGCGUGUUUGACGAGUGUGAAUCGGUACAAAGCAGCAGCAGCAGGAGGAUGCCACCGAAACCGAAACCUUGUCAAUGACGUUGGCAAACGCAAAUUAGGCGGCAAUAUUUUCAUUUCUUCACCCUCACAACUAGUAGUAGCUCCAACCACACCAAUAGAAAGAAGGAGAUUAAUGGCUACUUCCAACGCCAACGCUGACAUUGCCAACAACAACAGCCUCUGGCCUAGUAUUCCCUCCUCCUCCUACGGUGACCCCUGCCUUGAUCUCUUCUUCAACGCCCUCAGACCAGAAUGGAGAGAUGCUAACCCCUGCCUUACACAUCUGGAGCAACUGCUCCCCUUGGCCUGGUCCCAUAAUCCCCUCACCACCCUCAAGCUCAUCUUCACCUUCAAUUCAAAAGAUUUUUCUGACACAAAGUUCGACACGGCCGUGCUUUGGCUCCACCACAACCACCCCAAGACUCUAUUACGCAACCUCCACUCUAUUGCCAACUUGCCUCUGGUCCGCUAUCCCCGCCAUUGGGGUUGGUGGUACAACCUUGUCCAAAUUCUCUACAAGGUUCUUGUUCCGAAAUCAGACGACGACCAAGAUGACGACGCUGCUGCACAUCUGCGUCUUCAUCCUGAGAGGUACGACUGUCACCCGGAUUAUAGGUUGUUACACGAUCGAGUUAUUGAUAUUUUCGUGGAGUGUUUGAAGUCUGAUACGGACAAAAUGAAUUCGGAUCUUUUGGUAUCCAGGCCUGCAGAGUGUUGCACUUCCACACGACUCGGGCACGAUCACUGGACCGGCACCAUUUUUCUGCUUGAAAGCAUCGCCAGAAGGCUUGCCCCGCCAGAAUUAGAUCAAUCACAACAGUGGAAGUUGAAAUGGCUACGGAAUGAGUUUUUGGGGCCCAUGACCAUUUACUACAAUGCCGAGAGCCCUGUGUGGUUAAGAAGUAUAUGAAGAAGGUGAAAGCAGCAGCAGUAGGAGGAGGAGACAAUUUAAGAGGCGGCAUUAGCAUAAUAAAGCGGAAUGCUUUGCUUCCAAAUGAGAUCAUAAAAUAUGUACAAGAUGAGGAUGUCGGGGAAGCGGCUGAGCUUCAGUGGAAGGCAAUGGUGGAGUAAUUGUACCUAAAGCAGCAGCAAAAGGAGAUGGACUUGUAAGAAAGGAGGAUUUCCAGGAAGAGGCUGAGCUUCAGUGGAAGGCAAUGGUGGAGGAUAUAAAGCAGAGGGAGGGUUUGGGCAAAUUCAAAAACUGCUUGGUGGUGGGCUAUGGUGGCCUGGGCUAUAAAGAGUGGAGCUAUCCAGAGGCGGGUUGGAAAUUCUGGUGUCUGAAGUGAGUGAAGAGCCAUGGAAGGGAAAGAUGAUAAAAUACACUGGUGGUGGAAAAUGUCAGCUAGACUUGAUAGAAGGACAUGAUCUUAUGUCCAAGUUCGAAUUUAUGAGAUAUCAGGUGCAACUUAAUGAGGAAUGUAGGAUUUUUGAAGUGUUUGAUUUGAUUCUGGAAGUGGCUGUGAAUGAGUACUUGAAGGCAGAGCAGAUGAUCAAGAAGGUGAUUAUGUUCACCAACUUUCUAGAACGUCCUGAUAGCCGCAUCUGGGGCAUUCAGUACGACGCGCUACGGAGCAAUUUUGAGGAAAUCCGCAGCAAGUUUAGGGACAAAGGGUACGGUACGGGGAUGAUGUGAUGCCACACAUUCUGUAUUUCAACGAGCACCAGGAUCCCUGGAUUUGUACACAACAUCCAGGCUUCACCAUCUCAUGGAAGCAGCCAUCACUCAAGAUUAUCAAACUCUCGAGGUAGUCGACUGAUUGAGACUCAACUUGAACUGGCGGUGUAGAUGUGCUGGCAAUGAAGAAUAUAGAAUAAAUCUGUUAGAAUUUGGAUUGGAAUAACCUUUUAAUUUAGUUUGCUAAUGAGCAUCAUCUGUUUUAACUUACUUUGAAUUAUUUCCUCUAUGGCUAGGCUAGAUAGCAACAUCCUCUACUAUCUAUUCUGCUAUGAAAGUGAAAAACUACUGCCACCUCUUA